CUAAAACGUGAAUGUUUCGAAGUGAAGGUUUAAACAGAAACCUCGAUGCAUUUUACCCGGCGUUCUUGUAUUUAUUUACAGCAAAUUGCGGUGCGUUCUUUCCUAUUUGUAAGUCAGGGCAACAUUUUGAAAUAAAUAGGCAAACAAAUAUAUUCUAUAUUAUUUUACAGCGCUUUAAGAUUACUUUGAGCUUGCGGACUGUUCCUGAGUCCACAUCGAUAACAUGCACGGCACUCUCCUUGGAGAAGCAGCGUGACCAUCAGCUAAAAUUGGAGGUUUGGUGCUUUUCUCUAAUUGUGUGGCUUUUGCAAUCGGAACAUGAAGACAGCGGUGGACUGGGUCGCUGAAGUUUAUUUGUUUUGCUUUAUACCCUGCUACUGGACUGCAUCUAUAGGAGGGACCUAUGGCAAUGCAAACCUACAGCAGUUCUACAACCUGUCCAACUUUAGCACCUUCCUACUGGAUCCAAGCACUGCGACACUCUACCUCGGGGCCCGGGAUGCCAUUCUGGCCAUUGACACCAACGACCUCACGAAGAGAGCCAAGCAGAUCGUGUGGGACGUCCCGAAGAGCAAGCAAGAUGCAUGUGUGGCCAAGGGGAAGACGGAGGGUGACUGCCACAACUACAUCAGGCUGCUGGAGUUCAUGAACAGCAGCAGUAUCUACGCCUGUGGCACCUACGCCUACUACCCCCAGUGCGUCACUAUCGACGUCAAGAGCUUCUCCCUGAAAAGGACGCCCAAUGGGGAGGUGGAGAUGGAGACGGGGAAAGGGAAAUGUCCAUUUGAGCCCAGCCAGCACUAUGCGGCAGUCAUGGCAGAUGGAGUCCUGUACACAGCCGCCACCAGCAAUUUCCUGGGCACGCUCUUUGACAUCUCCCGGGCAACGGGCAAUGAAGGGGAGCGUAUCCGCACCGAGCAGUCAAUCAACUGGCUCAACGACCCGGAGUUUGUGAGUUCUGCGUUCAUCAAGGAAGAUCCAAACAAUCCUAUAGGGGAAGAUGACAAGAUCUACUUCUUCUUCACAGAGGUCGCUAGGGAGUAUGACCUCUACACCAAGGUCAAAGUCUCCAGAGUAGCUCGUGUCUGCAAGGGAGAUGUUGGGGGCAUGAAGACCCUCCAGAAGCGAUGGACAACCUUUCUAAAGGCCCAGCUGGUGUGUGAGGACCGCAUCAGCGGCCAACGUUAUAACAUCCUGACAGACGUCUACACCACAGAUGUCCGGGAGGGAGACCCUAGCAGCACCCAUUUCUACGGCAUCUUCACCUCACAGUGGGAGAGGGAGCCCUUAUCUGCUGUGUGCGCCUACAGCUUGGAGGAUAUCAAGAAGGUGAUGGCCGGGCCCUUCAAAGAGCUGAAGAAGAACUGCGAGAACUGGAACAACCCAGAGCCCAUUCCCAGCCCUAGACCAGGACAGUGCAUCACCAAGGCCCUUAAGGGAGAAGGCUUCGAAUCCUCGCUCAAGCUUCCAGACAAGGUGCUGACCUACGUGCGUGACCACCCCCUGAUGGAGAACAGUGUGAUGGCGGCGCCCCUGCUUGUUAGGCGGGGAGUAACCUACACCAAGAUCGCUGUCAGCCACGCCAGCGACAGUCAGGGUGGUGAUGUGGUCCUGCACCUGGGCACAGACCGCGGGCAGCUGCACAGGGUGCUGGUGGAGGGACAGAACACCAGCAUCCUGCUGGAGAGCCCCAUAUUCCCUUUCCAGGAGCCUGUUAACAACAUCCUCUUAUACAAGGGCCGGGCCCUGGUUGGGUCGCCCCAAUCCCUGAUGAGCCUCCCAGUAGAUGGCUGUGAGCAGUACAGCAGCUGCGAGACGUGCGCUCUGGUUCGAAGGCUGGGCUGCAUGUGGAGGACCAAGGCAGGAGCACCAGCCUGUGUCAAGGCACUGGGAGGGAUCCCGCAGGGAGCUGAGCCCGAAGACCCGCUGGGGCGGUGCGGCGUCGGAGAGGCACGCUGCCAUCCCACAGUGAAGGAUUUCCGCGUGAUGACCGGGAUGCACGUCGUCCUGUCCUGUGAGCAGCUCUCACCUCGGUCUUGCUACUGGGUCCACCCAGAUGGCCGCCACACAUGGCAGCGCCACCUGGAGGUGAUGGUCAGUAGCGACAGCGUGGGCAUCUACACCUGCUUCUGCGAGGAAGGCGGCCGAGAGCAGCCUCCCUGCCGCAAAGCUGAGUACCAGCUGGCCAUGGAUGCCCCCUGCAUGGGUGUGGUCGAGGCCCUGACGGGCACGCGCCACGUGGUGGCCGGUUACCCCGUGUGUUUCUUCGCUGGGGCCUUCUUGGGCUGUCUGCUCUACAUUAUGUGUGUGGGCCACAGGACCACCCACAUGCCUGAAAAGAAUGGGCGGGACUUCCUGCAGUCCUCAGACACGCCCCUGUCCCCCAGCAGUGCCAGCCUGCUGUCCGAGGGCGUGCCCCUCACGGAGAAGCGGAAUGGGACGCUCAAUGGACACAGCGUCUACGGCAACAGCGGCGGCCACAAGCUACCGGAGUCGGCGGUCAACCGGGCCGUGGAGGUAGACGGCAAGGAGCCAGAGGAGACGGCGGAGCAGCUGGAGGAGGAGAUGACGUCGGGGAUGGACGAGUUUGGAGAGCUCAAGAACCCCAAGGCUGCCCCGUUGGCUCCAUUUGAGGAGAGCUCCAUUUGACAAGGAGCUGCUUGUGUGUCUCAGCUCUGUGGCACAUGGAUUAAUCACAUGGGUCAGCUAAUAGACCCGGGAGUGCCUCUUAACAUGUAGAAUAACACACAUACUCAGCUGUCUGCCUGUCAAGAGGGUACAGGAGGGUGUGGGCUGGGUCUGGCGCUAUAGUGGGGGUCUUCUUUUGACCCCCUCAGGCCACCGCCCGUGCAGAGCCAGUGGGGUGGUGCGACAGCCCUCCGCAUCCUGUUUUCUAAUAAAUCCUUCAGGGUGGCUUGAGGCCUGUCACCUCACCUGGGUCAGACCAAAGACACAUCGUAGAUCACGCCUUGAAGUGUAACUCUGCCUCCAAGCCACUCCUUGAGGCCCGGGACCAAAGAGGGCGGAGGGCCGGGUGGCUGAGGGACCAAGGGGGUGUUGUUAGCCGCUGAAUCAGGACUUGCUCUGCAAUUAGGAGAUGAAUGUAGCCUUUUUCUCAUCGGGACACAGGUGCGCUGACUCUGGGUUUCUAUUCAGAUGGGAUUAACUCUUCAGAUCACUGACUGAGUUGCCCACUGUUGCCAGGCACUUGAGAAACAUGGGUCUGCUCUGAUGUGUCUCUGGUCCCACGCACUCAACAGUCACCAGGAGCUCCAUGGCAACAGCAAGAGCAGGUCCCCCUGUGGUUUUGGGAAAUGCCAGCAAGGGGAUGGUGCCUGCAGGACGUUGAAUGACCGAAGCACCUUCAAAACGAGCCAACAGCCCAGACAGGUCACCUGUUCUGCUCACAGCAUGAAAGGGUUUGGUCUGGUUCUGUGGGGAAAGCCCUGAAUAUAAUUACCUUAAAUGUAGACUUUUAAUGUUUUUUUUUUUUAAUUCUUUAAAAUUUCCUUAAAAGUAAAUGACUUGAUCUUGAGUGUGGGGAUGGAAACGCUAAAAGCACAGCCAUUGCUGGGGGUCUGGAGCUCGUGUCUGAGGUACCCCUCCACCCUGACUCGGAAUUCAUGUCCGAAGUUCUUGCGUAAUAAAAUCAGAGGAAGGGGAAAAGCGCAGUUCUGCUGAGGAUGGUAACUGGUGUUGCCUUGAUUCCAUGGUGGCACCAAAAGGCAAGGGAAGCAAGGGUUGAUGAUCUCCGGACCCUUUCUGGUGAGGGUGGGUUAGCUGUACUAACACUAGUCUGUUUAAAUAAGAAACCAUACGACGAGAGACGCUCUCCUAUGAACUCUAUUUAUGUGUCUUUCCGAGUCGUGUAACAGUGAACUCGGUGGACGACUCUAGUGCACUUGUCUCUUGAAUGUGCUGAGCUGGAUGUAGAUGCAUGUCACUGCCAUUAGUCUCGGCUUAUAGGAAUACUAUUGGCCCCCCUUGUGUCUGUUUAGGCAGGGCGGGGGUGUGGGUACAGAGCCGCCCUUCUCUCUCUCCGGCACAGUGGUAGCACCGACUCACCGGUACGCAGUUAAAUGACUCAGCUGGCCAUUAUGUGAAGCACACGCAGGCUUAGAAGCUAGAUGCUCAACGGUCCCCUCUCGGUCCAACCUGAUUUCCCAUCAUACCCUACAAACGUGCACACUUGGUAGGUGUGCAUUCCUCAUGCAUGCCGGUGCCAUCAUGACAUUCUUUGCAUCUUUGCUUUAGGUGAUGUCAGACAGGGCUUUCUGAAAGACUAUCGUGCAAUUCUUUUUAUAUUAUCUUUAUUUAUUAUUGCUGACAGAGGUGCAGGAUGUCAGAUUAUCAGGAGCUCGUGGACAACAGGUCUUCAGUAGAAUCUUGUGCGUACUGAGCCUGGACACUGGACAAGGUCCUCUCUGCACCUCAGGACCUGGAACCUUGGUUAUUUUACAGAGGGGACCAUUUUAAAGCAUUUGUUAAAUUAUUCUGACAUGUACAAAGAAAUGCUUAUUUUUGAAAAUAAUGUUUCCAUUGAGAAUAAAUACGUCAAAUUUCCCCAGUC